UGCAUGUGAUUUUAAAAAUACAAGGAAUCCAUAUUAUUUCAGUACGUAUGAACGAAACGAUUUAAAAGGGGAAAAAAAAUGUAUUCGUGGAAAGAUAAUGUAGCAUUUGUAACCAUAUAAAACGCACUUAUAGAGGCAAUAAAGAAGAAAAAAAGAGAAAAUAUGAAAUACUGGCUCGUCUAGAGUUUUGCCCGAGCGAUGCCACUAGAAUCGAUAUUAUUUAAGAGUAAAACCAAUAUACUACGACGCUUUUUAUUUUAAUUACCACUCAUAAUCUCACAGUCUGAGCAUUUUGUAAAUAAUAAUAAUAAUAAUAAUGAUAAUAAUAAUAGAUAGGAAAAAAAUUAAAUAAAAUUGUAGAUCGAUCAUACAACCACACCCCAAGUUUCAGAAGUGCACCAUUAUCUGCAUCGGUUUCAAGCCUUUAUCUUUGCCUAAAAGCCUUCUCUAUCCCAUAACCAAAACACAAGUACAGCUAUCUUCCUUUGAAAGAUUUAUUGAAGUGGAGCCGAGAUAAGGAAGAACACAAUGGCUUUGAAUACAUUUUACAAAGUGCUGGUUGGUGUUGUUGUUACAGUUGUUGUGAUAUUGGCAAUUGCUGUUCCUGUAGCUCUUCUGUGUUGUGGAGAUGCUGACAGACAGACUCCAGGUCUUAAUGCUGUACCUGGAGGGAAUAUUUUGAUAAAGGAGGGAGAUCCAGAAUCAGGCAAGGCAUACAUCGAGAAAAUAACUUCUUUCUUGAAACCUUAUAUGGAAAUGUCCAAGAAGACAGAGGUUAUUAACUGCAAUAGCACUGUUCGGCCGCAAGGAAACCAGGUGUGCGACUAUCCAGAGUCGUUCCUGUCGCACUGUGGAAGGUCAACUAACUUUGGCUUCAAUAGGAGUACACCCUGUGUUCUUUUGACACUUACUAUGGAUGAGUCAUUCAGGCCAACUCCUUAUGAAAAUUUACACGAAUUGCCAAAGGACAUCCCACGAGACCUACUGGCUGACAUGGAGGAGGACUUAGAAAAUGGAAAGCUGCGGAAGGGAAUAUGGGUCGAUUGCAACAAUGAUUAUCUCUACUCUCCCAAGCCUCUAUUUCCUGACUAUUACUAUGACAAUGUUGAUGCUGAAGGAUACCUACCUCCAAUUGUAGCUGUCAUGUUUAAGCUGACAAGCAAAAAAAAUCAAGACAUCAGAGUUGAAUGCAGAUUGUGGGCAAAAGAUAUUGAUAGCACAGAUCAACGUUCUAAAGUUAGCUUUACUUUGCGCUUGGAUGGAGAAUGAAAUGUAAUUGGAACUGAUAGCCAAGGAGAACCAAUGGAAGCAAUUGGCAAAAGAUAAAGUUUGUAUAAAGCUACUUACUCGGAUGGUAGGUCAUUAUUAGUACAUACUAAUAUCCCUCAUAUCAUCCAUAGUGAUGAAUGGAGAAAAACACAUAUUUAUUUUCUAUAUUUAUAUAGAUACACAAGUAGACCUAUUGUGCCUUCAUUCCAUCCAAGCAAUUCAGAAUUAAACCAGCCCUCCCCCCAAGCCAUUCAUUCCCCCCCUUAUCAAUAGAAAUGAAGAUCAUGUGACAGAGUUGAUGGAAAUGAAGAGAGUAAUUAUCAUUUGCAUUUCGAUGUAAAAUUGGUUGGUCAGGAAGAAAAUAGACUUGAAAACUCUUUAAACAAGGAAGGUACCAUCUCCUCAUUUAUUUUUAUGCCUUGCUAUCAAAAUGCAUCUGUGAUACUAUAUUUAUGUUUUUGGUGCUCCAAAACUAUGUAUUCAUUAUUAUUUACAUCUGAUGAAUUGCAGGUGGCAAAUUAUCAAAUAUGAAUUAAACAUUAUGUUGAAAAGAAAAAACAUUUUGGCAAACAGAUUAUCCUAGGAUUUUAUUUAUCUAUAUAAUUAUAUAUAUAUAUUUAUAUAUAUAUAUUUAUAUAUAUUUAUAUAUAUUUAUAUAUAUUUAU